AGCGGAGGAGAUGGCGCUGGCUGAGACUCAGCUCUAUGCAAAGGUGGCCAACAAGCACAGGAGCAAAAGCACCUCUGCCCUCCUCGAGUCCCUCCUCGACAAAGGAUUCCCGGCUCAUAUCGCGCAAAAAGCUUUGGUUGCUACUGGACAAAAGACAAUAGAAGAUGCAGCAAAAUGGUUGCAUUCCCACUGCAACGAUCCCUCUCUGGAUGACCCGAUCCCUCAGGAAUACGCCCUUUACCUGUGUCCCACCGGCCCUCUGCUCCACCGCCUGCAAGAGUUCUGGAAGGAGAGCAAGCGCCAGUGCGGGAAAAACAGAGCCCACGAGGUUUUCCCACACGUCACCCUCUGUGAUUUCUUCACGUGUGAAGACCAGAAAGUGGAAUUAUUGUAUGACACCCUAAAGCGGGUCGGUGACAGCUUUUCCCAGUGCUUUCCACCAUCCAUUUCCCUGACACUACAUGCAUCCCCCAGCUACCUUGGCUUCUUCAUUGAUGACAUCCAUGCCAAUGUCCUCAAAGACUUUGCCCUGGCAUUCUCAUCAGAGGCUUCAGCCCUGGCAGACUGCCAUGUGAAGCCCUGUCUGAAGCAGUUCCACCUUACCCUGGCUCACAAGUUUUAUCCUCACCAUCAGAAGACUUUGGAACAACUGGCCAAAUGCAUUAACCCCGGGGAGCCCUGCCAGUGGGUGGCUGCUCUCUACUCACGGGACAUGCGUUUUGUGCAUUAUCAGAGGCUGAGGGCCCUCUUCCAGUACAAGCCCCAGAACAUUGAUGAGCUCAUGAUCAACGCCGGGGAUUUCAUCUACGUUGACCCGACGCGCCAGAGCGACGUGAGCGAGGGCUGGGUGGUCGGGACCUCGCACCGCACCGGCUGCAGGGGUUUCCUCCCAGAAAACUACACUGAGAAAGCCCACGAGUCAGACACGUGGGUUAAGCACAGGGAAUAUGUUUUUGUGACAGCUUCAAGAUCCUCCACCCAAGCUGAAAGGGAGUCAAAUGUAAAGCUGAAUGGAGAACCCCAUAAUCCAAGUACGUCAAGGAGUGGAACCAGUGUACUUUCUACUCAGCUGCCUCAGAACACCCCCCUGCGCAGAGCGGUGCUGGUGAUGCGCCACGGGGAAAGAGUUGACCAGGUCUUUGGCAAAUCUUGGCUCCAACAGUGCCUGACUGCAGAUGGAAAAUACUACAGAGCGGAUCUGAACCUCCCCUCUGCCCUGCCAAAGAGGAAAGACAGCAUGAAGCAGUUUGAAUAUGAUCCUCCUUUAUCUUGCUGUGGUAUUUUCCAGUCGAGGCUUAUAGGGGAAGCUCUGCUGGACCAGGAGGUGAUGGUCAGCUACGUGUACUCGUCCCCCGCCCUCCGCUGCGUACAGACAGCUCAGCACGUGCUGCAGGGGCUUAAAUUAAACCAAAAAGUCAAAAUCAGGGUGGAACCAGGUCUGUUUGAAUGGACCAAGUGGGAAGCAAGCAAAGCAAUCCCAAACUUCAUGACUGUGGCAGAACUGGCAGAGGCAGCUUACAAUGUAGAUACAAGUUACAGGGGUAACUUCCCACUCUCUUCUCUGGUGCCGUCGGAAAGUUAUGAAGAUUAUUUAAGCCGAAGCUCUGCGGUUAUGAAGCAGAUCAUCACUGCCUGCCCCAGCAAAGGGGUCAUCCUCAUCGUGGGCCACGGCUCUUCCCUGGCAUCUGUCACCUGGCCUCUGAUGGGGCUCCCCAGCAGAGACAGCAGUGACUUUGCCCAGAUGGUACGGAAGAUCCCUUCCCUGGGCAUGUGUUUCUGCGAAGAACUGAAAGAGCAGAACAAGUGGCAGAUGGUCAACCCACCAGUGAAGACCUUAACUCACGGAGCAAAUGCAGCAUUUAACUGGAGAAACACCGUCAUGGAAGAUUAAAGGGUCGGCUCUGCCUUUGCAGUUGUCAAAAAUGAGCCCAAAGAGGGUUGUGGUUCAGCACAGUCCAGUGAGUCAGCCAGAAGACACACAAUGGGUGGGGAAAUGCCCCCUCCGAGUUGUCAAAGCACAGAAAAACACUUGCAAGUUUGGUGCCUGAAUUUUGUUUUUAUUUUGGUGGCUGAGAAGAGGGAACCUCUGUACUGGAGUUCAAGUGACAAAUAACACUUCUAGUGUUAUUCUAGUGAGGAAAGUUCCUUUUAACCUUUCCUGAGGGUACAAAUGUUUAAUAAAUACUGAUCUAACUACCUGAUCAUAAAUUCCACUGCAAAAGGCCCAACUACAUGCAGUAAGAAUUUUUUUCCAUGCACUUGGAUAUUUUCAGACAACACAAAAACUGGGACUGAAAAAAGGUCAUCUCCUACCCGAAGAGGGGAUCACCUCUACCUAAAGCCACUGGGUUUCCUGUUCACUCCAUCAGUUCUGUGAGAGUAAAUACCACACCGCCUAUUCAUUUGCCUCUUCUAUGAAGGGAGUUCAUUUUCUAUCAGGCAGCUCCUCAAUCAGCAAUUCUUGAGAGAUCCAUACUGCAGAAGGGUCUAAAUUCCUCCUUUUUGAAAAAAACUAAACUGAUGUCUUUGCUGUUGCUGGGACAAAGAAAGUGUGUUACUGUACUGGUGACAAAACUAUGACAUGAACAACUCUAACUCUGAACCCUUCCUGAGAUGGCACUUGCAGGACAAAAGCUUUGCUUUGUGCUGUUUUGUGACAGAUUGUAUAAAUGGUGACACAUCUCCUGGAUGGGUCACCCAAAACGUCUCUGUAGCUCCUCUUGGUGAUUUGUUUAAUUAAGACAACAUAGCCUUGAAAUAUUAUGCACAAACAGGAAAAGGCCUUUCCACAGCUAUGUCUUUCUUUCUAAUAAUGUUCAUUUCUAGUUAUCAGAUAACUACA